GGUUUGGAAUGCUGUAAGGAAAGGUUCAGUUUAGAUCUCACGAGUGGAAUUCUUCCCUGGAGAAGACAAAAUUUCAAUAUUAAAUUAGUGAGCUGUCAGACCAUAGAAGACUUCUAUGACAAUGUUGACCAAGAGGAUAACACUAAUGAAGAUGGAGUGUGCUUGCUGAGCUCUGGAGUCAUCCACGUGACUUGCACUGGUUUCCAGAAGGAGGAGCAGCCAAAUUCUGCAGUGAAGUUACAGUUUAUUCGUGACUGUGCGUGGAAGAAAGUGGUCUACGCCAAAGAUGAAUUUGACCAUAUAUGUGUUCUGCUGUUUGAUGGCUCCUGCUGCUUCCUUGAUCCAAAAAUGCUACAGUCCCUUCAGCACUGCCAGUGUCUCUUAAACAACUUGGGUGGAGUCUUAGACUGUUUACAAAGAGAACAACAAGAGCUUACUGACAAAGACUUGAGAAAUCGGCAGAUGCUAGCUAGCAAUUUUUCUGUGCAUGCGCGAACGGUCAUCUGGUUCUGUCAGUCUGGCCUCCUUCCAGAGGGUUCAGAUGGAACGAUGCAUUUAUCUACCCCUUUCUACAACUAUCCUUUGCUCCACACCUGCUAUACUGGUCAGCGACAGAGACUGGAGCAUUUGUCAAGAGGAAAAUGCGAUUCCAACUGCCUAAUGAUCAAUGGCAUAGUUUCCCACAUAGGAGACCAACUUGCAAAGCUGUGGCAGAAAGAGAAAGGAGGGACUGGGAAAUAUCCCCCUCCCAGUUUAAGUGCACUGCUGGAUCUCUGUUUAUUGGAAAGCAUAGAAGAACCCUACAAACAUGCGAUUGUAUCCUUUCUGGUUAUUUUAAAUGCACCUCAGGAUAUGUACAAAAAUGUUCUUAAAUGUUUGUCUCCUACGUGCUUAAGAAGGGAUUUUAAUUUACUCCUCAAACACAAAGCUAGUGAAAACAUUUGGUUUAGAAUUAAGUCAUAGACAGAAGCGUUGCUUUACUUUUUUGUCCUGUGGAGUUUUUAUGAUUUUUUUUCAGUGUUUUGUUGCCACGUCUUUUCUCCUAUGAGAGAAUGGGUUUACUAAGACAUGUUAAAGGCAAAAAGCCCUAUUAGUUUUUCUCUGGAAAUUUACACACAGUUUUUAAUUUUUAGAUCACUGAUACGUGUAGCAAAUGGCUUCUUGCUAGAAUGACGCACUGAAACCUGCUGCUGCAGAACAAAGGGAUUUCUAACAGUGGCUUAGAGUCCAGCAGAUAGCUCCACUGACUGUAGAGGGAGCCUGAGUUUAUAACAGAAGUAUUUAAGUAUCUAAAGCUAAAAUUUGUGGAUGCUUUACAAAAAUCAAAGUGUACUUCCUCCUGGUUACUUCUUCAGAAUACAAUUUUGUGGUUAGGAGCUGGCUGUCUCCUGGUUAAGAGUUUAAAACUGCAAGACUAAAACAUUAGUGUUUCCUGUUUCCUGCCACUUUUAUAUUCUUAUUUCAUUUAUUUUUUAUAGAGGUAGUAGGAUAAACUUGUUGGUCUUCCAGAUUUGUUAGCCGUAAUUAUAUAUCAGACUUGCUGCAAGAUAUCUUGAAUUGCUGGCUAAAUAAAACCAAAAUGAUAGUCAAUUCUUUUGCGACUGCCUUUGCUCUCCCUCAGGGCCUUGUUAAACUGAUUGAAGGGUUUUGGCUGCUUGACCACAAGCAUUAUAAAAAAUCACUGUCCCAGCUUUGUCAUCCAGAAACAAUGAAAAUAGCACCAAGACUACAGAUGAGAAUUAUUCCGUCACUUGUAUGCCGAGGAGAGCAUCUCCUGUAUCUGAUAU